CAGAAUCGUAUUCCGAUGCAUUCGAUGUAUGGUUCUAUCUGCGCCGAACUUCGCAACUAGCAAUCUAGAACGGCCCAUUUACUGCAUUCGCUAACAUUGUGCGGGUUCACCAGUGUGGAUACGGUUGCGAAAUACCCGUCUCGUGAUUGUAGAUAGGGAGUGUUGUUUAAUACCACAAAAGUUGCAGAAAUGGCCGGAGGCGGAGAUUGGUCACAUUCAUUGUUCGGUUGCUUUGAUGACUUUGGGAUAUGUAUCAUCGCCUACUUCGUUCCAUGUGUAACGUUUGGCCAAAAUGCUGAAGCCAUAGGCGAAGGAAGCUGCUUAUCAUGCGGCAUAGCAUAUUUGGUACCCCUUUUAAACUUGUUCAUGGCGGUCAAGGUCCGCGGAAGAAUUCGUGAGUCCAAGGGUAUUGAAGGCAGCACGCUGGGCGACUGCGCUGCCAUCAUAUGUUGUCCACUGUGUGCCCUCGUACAAGAAGCCCAAGAGGUCAAAGGGUCGCCGAGCGCACAGAGCAUGAGUCGACAAUAGCACAGAAGUCAGUGAAAACGACACUUAACAUAGACAGAAAACACUACAUUACACAAAGAAGGACUAUUUUAAACAUGACCAAUGUUAAGACGUUGGCAUAGACGUUCAGCUUUAUGUCCUAUCACUAUUUACACAAUUCAUUAUCGCAUUGUUAAAACAAUAUGGACAUGGUGGUUCAUCAGUAUUCCUUGGGCACAUGCUGAUACGCCAUGAAAGUAAUGUUUGUCUGUAUCACAGUCUUUUUUAUAUUCGACGUGUCUAUCAUUUAACCAAUGUGCAUAAUUGUAUAAAAUACUGUUUUACAUUGUACCAUACAGAGUGUUUUCAUAAUAAAAUGCAUAGUAUUUUGUUUUACACCACAAUGUAAUAAAUACAUUAUUAUAGUAUCAAUAAAUAAUACACAACCAUGAA